ACAAGAAUAAUAACACGGUAAUGUACAACUUGUCUAGGGAGAGCAAAAUGAAACCUCUAACGAUGGACUUAAAAUCAGAUGCUCCUGAAGACAGACUUUCAGAUACAGCCACCCUUCUACACAAAACGACAGCAGACUACUUAAAAACCAUUAACCCCUCCAGGAAGACGCUAUCAUCUCUGGAAGCAAAGCUCAUUUUUGGGAUGCUAGAUGAGUGCAUUCAUCAAAUGGAGAUAGUCUCUCUUCUACACACUUUACUGAACUCUUCAGAAGCACUUUCCCAGAGUCUUGAAGAGGAGGUGGUCAAGGCCCUGAAAGAGUACCAGAGGCUUGGGGAAAAGUACCAAGCUAUGGUGCUUGAUAGGAGUCUUGAUCAAAGUGAACUAAAGGAACAAUUAGCCAAAUCAACAGAAGCAGUUGACUCAUUUCGUAACAUUAUGCGGCUACUUAGGGUAACUCCAACCACAAGGGAGGUGCUAGAAAGCAUAGAACCCAACACAGGGGGAAAGACUGAGUCACAGAAACUGAAAGACGGCCUAUGUGAGUUAAUAGAGAUUGUUUUGGAGAGGCUUCUCACUGGAGAUGCAGAGGAGAGAGAAUGCAGAGAGGUGAUGCUGAAAGUCAGUCUACGUCUCUCUACCAACCAGGAGCUGAUAGACUCACUGGAAAAAGACGUUGACAUGGCAAUAAAAGACAAGGAUACAGAGAUCUCCAUGUUGACUAAUAUAGUGAACCAGCUGAGGAGUUCAGCGCAUCAGAAGGAAAAAGGUUUGGAGGACUUCAUCAUCCGAACUCAUCAGGACGCUGAGAAACAGAGCCAGUCAGACACGAAAACCUCAGAGGGGAAGAGAGCUCGUUUACAACAGGAGGCCAGUCAACUGAGAGCUCAGCACAAUAAUGUGACUGCAGCGGACAGAGAGAAAGAACUGGCACGACGAAAGAUAAAGUACAAAGAGGAAACAGAGAUUGAGACCUGGAUUCAGAAAUAUGAUACUGAAAUGGGAGAGCAACAGACAGAGCUGGAGGAAACGACACGCAUGUAUGAAGUAGAUAUGGAAGAGGGGAGACAACUAGAGGAACAUUUUGCAGUUCUGGACCUGGAGUACUCCCAGAUUAUGGAGGAGCGACAGGAGGCUCAGGAGCAGAGGGAACAACAGGAAAGAGAAAGAGAGAUACAGAGCCAAGCUGCCACUAUUAUUCAGGCCCACUGGAGAGGCUUUUGUGUACGCAAGGCCGUGAAGGUCAAUGCAAAGCCCAAGAAAGGAAAGAAAGGAAAGGGGAAAAAAGGCAAAUGAAAGAAAGCAAGACAUGAAAGCACAGUGCAAGAUCACCAUUAUUUAUUGUGUUAUUAGAUAAAUAAAAUGAAAAAAGCCCAAUGUUACUGUGCGCCUCAUAAAGCCUUCAAGUGUUCAUCAUCCUCUUUCGUUUAAGUUAACAAUACACAAUUUUGGACCAGAUAUUUGCCUUGAUUUGUCAGUCUAAGGGAGUCAACGCUAGCUGCCGAAAGUCAGAAGUCGUCUGCAUAUUUUGGGCAGUCAGGGUUGACAGGUUUCACAAAACAUUGCAUAGUGUAUGAUGGGCGCAGAUUCCAUCCAGGAGGAUAUCAUACAUUUGAUAUUUUUAAAUGAUUUUCAAACAUUUGUUUUUUUAUCUGUUGUGUUUGAUGCCUUGUUUUUAAAAUUUGUUCAGAUUUUAAAAGUUGUAGUGUAUUCCAGCUGAAAAUGCUGCCUACGCCAUAUACCCUGUUGAAAAAAAACAGCAUAUGUUGGAUAGGUAUGUUUUGAAGCAUGGGAGCUGGUUUAAGCUGGUUAUAAGCUGGUCCUGA